AUGCGUCUCUGUGUCACUGUUUUCCUCUUGUUGUGGGUACAAGCCCUGACAUUGAAAAAUCUUAAUUACUCCGUCCCUGAGGAGCAAGGACCGGGCACAGUGAUAGGGAACAUAGCAAAAGACGCUGGAUACGGGACUGUGGAGAGAGGUAAAAAAUUCCGUGUACUCGAGAAUUCCGCGCCACAUCUCGUGGACGUUGACCCGGAGAGUGGACUUAUCUUUACCAAACAAAGGAUUGACAGGGAGACGUUGUGCAGGCGCAACCCCAAGUGCCAGCUCUCUAUGGAAGUAUUUGCCAACGACAAAGAGAUUUGCAUGAUCAAGAUUGAUAUACAAGACAUCAACGACAACUCACCCACUUUCCCCGCGGAUCACGUUAAUAUUGACAUUUCUGAGAACGCGGCAGCGGGGACGCGUUUCCCCCUCACUAUCGCGCAUGACUUGGAUUCAGGGGAGAACGGCAUCAAGACAUAUCAGGUCACAAGAGACGAUUACAAUACGUUUUCUUUGGAUUUAAAAGUCAGGGGUGAUGGGACUAUUUACCCGGAGCUGGUUGUUCAGAGACCCCUGGACAGAGAGGAUCAGAGCCAUCACACCCUGCUGCUCACUGCCAUAGACGGAGGGGAGUAUCCAAGAUCAGGCUCCAUGCAAAUUAACGUGAGAGUGACUGACUCCAAUGACAAUAGCCCUAUUUUUGACAAAUCCUCUUAUGUCAUAGAAAUCCCUGAAAACUCUCCUCCAGGCAAAGUGCUCAUAGAUCUCAACGCCACUGACCAGGACGAGGGCAGCAACGGGCAGGUGGUGUACUCCUUCACUGGAUAUGCAUCUGACAGAAUACAAGAUCUGUUCUCCAUUGACCCCAAUUCUGGCGUCAUCAAAGUCCAAGGAGAGAUAGACUAUGAAGAGAAUCCAAUUAUAGAGUUUGACGUGCAGGCCAAAGAUAUGGGCCCCAACCCAAUACCGGGUCACUGCAAAAUUACUGUCAAAGUGCUGGACAAAAAUGACAACACACCAAUAAUAAGUUUUGUCUCCGUUCGGCAGGGUGCAAUAAGCGAGGCAGCUCCCCCAGAAUCUGUCAUCGCACUGGUCCGGGUGACAGAUAAAGACGCAGGCAGGAACGGUCAGCUCCAAUGCAGGGUGAUUGGUAAUGUCCCGUUCAGACUUCAGGAGAACAAUGAUAACUUCUACACGCUGCUAACAGACAGGCCCCUGGACCGAGAAAUGAAAGAUGAAUAUAAUGUGACUAUUGUAGCAAGAGACAAUGGGAUCCCUUCUUUGAACUACACUAAGUCCUUUACUGUGAAAAUCCUGGAUGAAAAUGACAAUGCUCCCCGCUUCACAAAGACAGUCUAUGUUCUACAGGUGCCGGAGAACAAUAUCCCAGGGGAAUAUUUGGGAUCAGUCUUAGCCCACGACCCGGAUGUAGGUCGGAAUGGAACUGUGUCCUACUCCAUUUUGCCUUCGCAUAUAGGAGAUGUCUCAGUUUAUACUUAUGUGUCUGUCAAUCCCACCAAUGGAGCUAUAUAUGCCUCACGGUCCUUUAACUAUGAGCAGACUAAAUCUUUCGAAUUCAAAGUUCAAGCGAAAGAUGGCGGGUCUCCUCAUAUGGAAAGCACCUCUAUAGUCAGGGUCAACAUACUCGACGUGAAUGACAAUCUGCCUGUUAUUAUUCUUCCCCUACUUCAAAAUGACACCGCCGAAAUCCCUGUGCCGAGAAACGUAGGUAUAGGAUAUAUUGUUGCCACGGUGAAAGCAGUUGACCACGAUCACGGGGAGAGUGGCCAUUUGACCUAUGAGAUUACAGAGGGAAACGAUGACCACCUGUUUGAAAUGGAUCCAGUGGGAGGAGAGGUCAGAACAGCUCACGCGCUUUGGGAGGAGGUGACGCCUGUAGUGGAGUUGGUGGUGAAGGUAACUGACCAUGGCAAGCCCCCCUUAUCGGCCGUGGCUAAGCUCAUCAUUAGGGCCAACAUGGAGGCGGCGGCGGGAGGGGGGUCCAGCACCAGUGGAGAACCGCAGCACUGGGACGUAUCUCUGCCCCUCAUAGUUACCCUCUGCAUUAUCUCUGUCAUGCUCUUAGCCGUCAUGGCCGCCAUUGCUGUCAAGUCCAAGCAUCAAGAUAAGGAGACUGGGAAUUAUAACUGCCGCAUGGCUGAGUACUCCAAUGCCCCAGUGGGGAAGGGCAAGAAGAAAAGGAUCAACAAGAGUGACAUCAUGCUGGUGCAGAGCGAGAUGGAGGAGAGAGAUUCGGCCAGUCGCAUGAACGUGGUGAGCAGCCCCUCUCUCAUCACCUCGCCCAUUUGUUUCGACUACCAGAGCCCGCUGCCCCUGACCCUCCCCAGGUCAGAGGUCAUGUACCUGAAGACCACCCCCAACAGCCUCACAGUGCCCCGGGCCGGCUGCCACUCCAGCUUUGGCGGACUCAGCGCAGACCCUACAGCCAAUAGGAUGUCAGUGAUACAGACUGAAAAUUUCUCCUCUGAGUCCAAUUACGCAGGCAGCCGGCAACCAUUCGUUCAAAGCUCCACAUUUAAGGAUGCAGAGCGAGCCAGCCUGCGAGACAGUGGCCAUGGUGAUAGUGACCAAGCUGAUAGUGACCAGGAUACUAAUAAAGGCUCACAGUGCGACACGUCUGCCAGGGAGGCCCUCAAGAUGAAAGCACCAGCGGUUAAUGGGCAGCCUUUUGAGCAGGAGCAAGACAAAUCAGUCCACUGCACGGAUGAAUGUCGCGCACUGGGACAUUCUGACAGAUGCUGGAUGCCAAAGUUACGGGUAGGAAGCCAAGCAGACAGCGGCGAUAAUCGCACCAACCUUUUCAUCCCUGUGGGAAUGGAUGCCAUGGUAGAGACAGAGAUUUAUGGCACCAUCAGCUGCGGCAGCGGGAGCAGCAGCAGAAAAACCCUCAGCACGUUUGGGAAGGAGCAGCGGGACAGUACAAUCCAAGUGGCCAAUGUCAAACCAUACUUCAAAUCUCAGCGCGCUCUGAGCCCGCCGCUGCAGGAGACCCAGGCCAGUACUAGUCCUACUAAGACAGAGCCCUCUCCCCGGGACCAUGAGGCCAAGCACGAGCCCAAAGAGGAGCGGGAGGGGGGCCCCGACAGCAGUGCCUAUGGCCCUCCGGACGGCCAGUGCUCUCCUCUGCACACGGUGCUGGAGGAGCCAGCCUACGUCACCUCUGAGCUCAGGCCCAAGUCUCUGUCCAGCAAUCUGAUUCACAGCCCUGUCAUCAGCCAGGAGUGCCCUGUGGACCCACGGGACUCCGGGAACUGA